AACCCCCCGGUGAUGCACCUUUGGCAAAAGUGGUUCUGGGUCCAAAGAUCAGCGCAGGGACGAGCGACCUGCAGUGGCAAACAAGAGCUGCCGGGUAUAAAGCGGCGCGGCGGCGGUGCGGGGGCAGCCGGAGCAGGGCUGCAGGCGGCCGAGGAUGGAGGCGGGCAUGAACCUGCUGCACGACGCGGGCAUCCGGGCCACGCACCUGCUGCAGGUGCACUUCCAGGGCGCCCAGGACUGGUUCCUCUUCGUCUCCUUCGCCGCCGACCUCCGCAACACCUUCUUCGUCCUCUUCCCGCUCUGGUUCCACUUGCGCCGGCCCGUGGGCAUCCGGCUCCUCUGGGUGGCUGUCGUCGGCGACUGGCUCAACCUCGUCUUCAAGUGGCUGCUCUUCGGGGAGAGGCCGUACUGGUGGGUGCACGAGACGGACUAUUACCGCAACGCCUCGGCCCCGCGGAUCCAGCAGUUCCCGCUCACCUGCGAGACCGGCCCAGGGAGCCCCUCGGGCCAUGCCAUGGGCGCUGCUAGCGUGUACUACGUCAUGGUGACGGCCCUGCUCUCCAUGGCCGCGGGGGAGCAGCAGGUCAAGACGCUUAAGUACUGGGUGCUGUGGACGGUGCUUUGGACGGGCUUCUGGGCCGUGCAGGUCUGCGUCUGCCUGUCCCGCGUCUUCAUCGCCGCCCACUUCCCACACCAGGUCAUUGCGGGGGUCAUCUCAGGCAUGGCCGUGGCCGAGACCUUCCAGCACGUCCGCUCCAUCUACAGCGCCGGCCUGCGCCGGUACCUGGCCGUCACCGCCUUCCUGCUGGGCUUCGCCCUGGGGCUGUACGCGCUGCUGCAGGUGCUGGGGGUCGACCUGCUGUGGACCCUGGCCAAGGCGCGGCGGUGGUGCGCCCGCCCCGAGUGGGUCCACCUGGACACCACCCCCUUCGCCAGCCUGCUCAGGAACCUGGGGACGCUCUGCGGGCUGGGGCUGGCCCUGCACGCCCGCGCGCCCGCCCCCCGCGGCCCCCCGCCGCUGCCCUUCCGCCUGGGCUGCGCCGCCGCCUCCCUCCUCGUCCUGCACCUCUUCGACGCCUUCAAGCCGCCGGCGCACGCGCAGCUGCUCUUCUACCUCCUCUCCUUCUGCAAGAGCGCGGCCGUGCCCCUGGCCACCGUCGGCCUCGUCCCCUACUGCCUCUCGCGGCUCCUGGCCCCCGGGGGCAAGAAGGACGUCUAGGGCGGGCGGCCCCGCAGGUAACGCCGCCGCUGCCGCGCCGUCCCGGAAUCCGCACGGACCGAACCCGCGGACGGUCCCCCAGCGCGCGGGGCCGCGGACGAGGCAGCUCCGCGGCGGAGGGGCAGGCGCCAGCCGGCCGGUGGGGGGGCAACGCUUGGAGAUGGAGCCCCGGCUUGCGUGAGCCAGGCCGUCCCGAGGCCUGACCGCCCCCACGGUCCUCCGCGUGCCCCGUGCGCUGCCACUCGCUGCCGGGCAACGUAGUGCGGGGUACGUGCAUGCACGUUUGUUUGGUUUUUUAAAUGUAUGUGUGUGUAUGUGUGUGUGUGUGUGUGUGUGUGUGUAUAUAUAUAUGCAUAUAUACAUAUAUAUAUAUUAAAAAAACGUGUGUGUGGGUGUAUAUAUGCACACAUGGGUGUAUCUGUAUUCAUGGCUAUUUUAUUAAAGCCAACAGCGUAUUUA